AUUUUUGUAGUUAUAUAUUCAGUAGUAAAUUAGCAGGUAAUUGCAUGAACUUUGUUCUUCAGAGCAAAUAGCUGAAUACAGCAAAGCAUUCCGGCUGUCACAUUCCAAAUCCAGGUAUAUGUCUUUUGAAAGGUGUCUAGAAUGCAGAGAAUGGGGGUAGCAGUUGCUGGCAGUGAUUCUUGCUGAAAGGAACAGUUCUGCAUGUCAGGGAAAUCAGACAAGUCCAGCAGCCCAAGGAGGUGAGGUUGCUCAGGUACAAGAGGUAUGCACUGAGCACAUAUUGCUGGUGGGCAAAUACACACAGAGCUCAUGUACUUGGUGUUGUUAUAGGUACAUACAUUCAUGGACAGCCACACAGAGCGCUCAUGUGAACACAAACAGCAACAACAGUGUCAUCUUGUUCCUCUCCCGGGCUGAGCAGGUGAGGACGAGAAUGCAUCUAUACAUAUGUAUAGUGUGCAUGACUCCAGCAGUGGGGCUUAGACAUUUGGCCUGCCCAGUAGCUGCCUCUGGAUGCCAGUCUUUGUUCUAGUACCUAGACAUGUGAGCCUAUGAGAUAUGCAGACACGCUCCCUGUCUUCCAAGUCACUGUGCACCCUCACUGGCUUGGGUGGAUGGACCUUUGCUUGCACUCACACACUCCCUCACUGUGGCACUCUGCGCAGGCACAAGGGCCAUCGAGACCUGGUUCCACCCAGCAACUGGCACACAGUGUCACUCACUUGGGUCUCACCCCUUAAUGGCACGUAGGUGAGGGGGCCGUCCGGCAGAGUGUUGUAGCCCAGCCUCUGGCAUCAGACCCUACUCCAGCUGCAGCCACUACAGACUUAUGGGUUUCUACCGCUGAGGUUCAGGUGCAGGCUGUGGUAUACAGUGACUACUCAGCGAGCUCUCAGACACCUGCAGGUUAAUGGCCCCACAAAAAAUGCCAGCCACUGACUGAAGGUGGCAGUGCCAGAUAUUUAAGCAGACAGCAUCCGCUAUGCCCUUCUGUACAUAGCUGUGCCAUGUGCAAGUCGGCAUGCAUUUUGAGUUUUCCUUAUAUCCUUUGCUGUAUGCAUGACAGUGUUCUUAUUGGAACCAUUUUAGAACUAUCAGAAAUGUUUUGGUUCUUUGAUACAUCGAUGUCCCGAGUAAGGUUCUUGAAUUCAGGUUGCUUUCUCCUGGUUAGUUACAGUCAUCAUAGUGGUACAGAAGGUGCAUACCAUGUUAUAACAUCCGAUUUCGUGAUCUCAGCUUGGCGCUCUGCAGGUUCCGUCCGGACGGAGCGUCGAAAGAGGUCGAACUUCUAGCCCUCCGACGGCAGCCUCCGUCCACCCGGAGGACUCAGUUUCUGUUUCGAUUUCGUUUACUGAAAGCCUCUGGCUUUCGGGAAUGCAAAGCCACCAGGCACAGCGAGGACGACUCCGCCCUGCUCAUGUAGGGACACUGCUCCCUCUCGCCCAUCCCUGUCGCCGGCGCUUUUCGGCCGCAUCUCCUCGGCCGAUGACCGCAGCUCGCCGGCAUCAGCCACCAGGAGCCGGCAGGUACUGUGAGUAGGCUGCCAGGUUAAAGAAGAAAAUAUUUUCUGGAAACUUUCAAGUGGUCCUACAGCAUUUAAAUUCUUCUGACAAUCUUCUCCACUUUUUGAGAUACACAAAAGCAACAGAAUUGGGUGAGCUCCUACACUGAAGCGUAGGCUUAAAGUCCUAUUUCUUUCUAUUGAACACAUCCCACUUCAGUCAGCAGGUGAACAACGGUGUUAUCCACAGACAUCAGAAAUCAGUCGGAGGAGAGAAGGAGCAUUGUGGCAGGUUCUGUAAGAAAAGCAGCGAGAAGACUGGAUUUGGUUUGGCAUUUAGGUCUCAAGCUGCUUCAGUUGAGCCAGCUUGGAGCAUGCUUCUGCUCAACGUGAAGCAGGACAGUCUGUGAUGGUUACUGCAGAGAGCAUUUUCGAGUGCUUUUGGAUUUGACCUGGACCUACUUUUUUUCCUCACUGAAAGUGAACAAUUGAGUAGCACAGCAGACUAUCUCAGUCUUGAGGAAUUUUGUUCUACUUUCAUGAUGGAAAAGCUUUUGCUUUUGCACAUAUUUCUAUUCUGCUGGCACUCCCUAAAUGCUUUAUUCACAGUUGAAGCUCCCAAAUCGCUCUAUACUGUGGAACUUGGCAGCAAUGUGACAAUGGAAUGUAUAUUUCCAGUGAAUGGGAAACUGAAGUUCAGGGAUUUGAGCGUCAUCUGAAAAAAAGAUGAAGUUAGAAAGGAUGUUUACGUACUUCUCAAAGGAAAGGAAGACUCUGGAAGUCAGCACAGUGAUUUUCAGGGACGGAUAAAGCUGUUGAAAGAAAAUCUGGAUUUUGGGCAGUCUCUCCUUCAGAUCAGCAACGUGAAGCUCAAAGAUGCAGGGCUUUACCAUUGCCUUAUUGAGUACGGGGGAGCUGACUACAAGACCAUCAGUCUGAAAGUUCAGGCUCCUUACAGAACUAUAACCCAAGAAGUGGUAAGCACAGGAGACAAAGAGUGGAAGUUAACUUGUCAGUCAGAGGGAUACCCAAAAGCUGAGGUGAUGUGGCAAAAUGGAGGAUGUCAGGAUUUGACCGAUAAGGCAAAUACAAGUUAUGAAACUGGAAGUGAUCAGCUGUAUCGUGUGACAAGUACUCUCACAAUCAAAAACAAAACUCGCGAAAAUUUUCGUUGCAUCUUCUGGAAUAAAGAGAUUCAAGAAAAUACAUCUGCGAAUUUAUACAUACUAGAUUCAGCUGAUGACGUGCUGUGGACUGAGAGCAGGCGCUUUGUUUGGCCAAUUUUCAUUGUGAGUGUCCUCGUUGGAUCAGUGUCAAUUACUGUCUGCAUAAGGAAAGCUAGAGCAAAUAAGGACUGUAGGACACAUACGGCAAAAUCAUCAAUUAAUACAGCAAAGCUGUUGAAAGAUAAGGACGCACAUGACUGCAGAUGUCCUUCUUUUGAAGAUGAAGAGUUGAAAUACAUACAAAUUGAGAAGACUUAGAGAAAGCAGGGGAAGAUUUUCCAUUGAUGGUGAAGAUUUGACAGACCUGAUGUUCUCUGCUCUGUCUGUUUGGGGAGAUACUCAUCUUUUUUUUUUUAUUCUGUUGUUGCAACCUUCUUCCAUAUUACUGUAAAUCGGGAAAAGAUGCAAUUAUCAUAGCAUAAUAGACCCCUGGAUUCUGGCCUCUUUUUAUAUAACUAAGUACAGAGAGGUUUAUUUAAAGGUCCACAUUUAUGCUUUCUGAAGUUUAUGCACUUUCAAGGACACAUCCUAUUGAAAAUGUAUUGAAGAUAAAGCACUUUAGGUCUAGGACCAUAAAAAAAUUCACAGCUCGUGCUUAAACAGUCCAUUUUCUGGACUUUUUUCCUGUUGAAGCUCUCGGUUCACUGCAGUGAUUUUGUUUUCUAGCUUGUGAAGAAUUUUUUCAAUACACAUAGAAGAUAAGAGUGCAACAAGAAAAGAUGCUAUAUAUACAGGACAUUUUCUGUCUUUACUGUAGACCUUAAAACGCAGGCUACUAUUAGCUAUUUUUUAAAUAUAGCUAAAAGGGUACUGUAACCCUCUUGAUGACUAUGAGAAAAUUCCUGGAAAUUAUUAGAUCAUGCUCAGCUUAUUCAUCUCUUUCUCUGAAAAAAGGUUGUUUUGCGGUUUUAAUUUCCUUGUGAUACAGCUGGCACUACUUGAUUAGUAAGUGAUUGUUAUUCUUCUGAUUUAACAUUUGGGGAUAAUACAACUCUUUGGACCUUAAAGAAGUACACAUCUCAGUUUGGACUGCCCUUUUGUUCAUCCUGGAAACAGAAGAAGAACCUUCUCACUGCUAGGACAUGAAAUAUAUGUUCUUGUUGUUUACUUAAGAAAUGAUGAUGGAACAUGCUCCUGGAUGGUAUUUCUUAAUCUAUUGUCAUGUUACAUUUUGCAAGUUCAUAGCUCUUCGGUUGUUUUUGUCACACAGAUUGAAAUUAUUUAUUACAAUGCCAUUCAUAACUAUAUUUUUAAAUAAAAAUUUUUUUUUGUUUUGUUUUGUUUUUGUUUUUUAAUUAUCAUUAUUUUUCCCUGCCGUCUUUGAAAUGUCAGUGUCUGGUGUGGGGACUGCUCAUGCUGUUUCUGGAAAAUUCAGAUAUUCAAAUAGCCUCAAAUGUCUCCCACAGAGAUAAACUGUGAAAAUA